AGGUUGAGUCACCCGCGUUGACGUCACUCGGGCUCUGAAAAUGGCUGAGUCGGAAGAGGAGGUGGAUGUCUUGGUCCAGAGAGUUGUGAAAGAUAUCAAUAACGCCUUUAAAAGAAACCCGAACAUUGAUGAAAUUGGCCUCAUUCCGUGCCCUGAAGCCCGAUACAACAGAAGCCCUAUCGUCCUGGUGGAGAAUAAGCUGGGAGUGGAGAGCUGGUGUGUCAAGUUUCUGCUGCCCUACGUGCAUAAUAAACUCCUGCUCUACAGGCAGAGAAAGCAGUGGCUCGACCGGGAAGCACUGGUAGAUAUAACCUGCACAUUGCUUCUAUUAAACCCAGAUUUUACCACUGCGUGGAAUGUCAGGAAAGAGCUCCUGCAGUGUGGCGUGUUAAACCCAGAAAAGGACCUUUACCUGGGAAAACUUGCACUAUCUAAGCAUCCUAAAAGUCCAGAGACAUGGAUACACAGGCGCUGGGUAUUGCAGCGGCUACAGAACGAGUGCUCUGGACAAGAACUGAAGGAUCAAGCUGAACCCAGAGGAGACGCUGUUAGCAGGAGACGGUGUGAGCGACUGCAGAGAGCCUUGCAGGAGGAGAUGAAGGUCUGUGCAGAUGCAGCCGGCCGUUACCCCAGCAACUACAAUGCCUGGUCCCAUCGCAUCUGGGUAUUGAAAAACAUGGCAAAAGGCAAUCUGAAGGUUCUGCAUGAUGAGCUGUCCUCCACCCGACUCUGGGUGUCCGUGCACGUGUCAGAUCACAGCGGCUUCCACUACCGUCAGCACCUGCUCAAAGCUCUGUCCAGAGAGCUGAGCCAGGCUGGAGAGAGGGACCUCCACCCCACCCAGCAGCCAAAUGGAGAGAGCACGGCGGGAGCGUCUGAUGACAACCACCGGAAUGGCGUCAUCCCUCAGCUCUUCCAUCAGGAGAUGGAGCUCUGCACUGAUCUCAUCGAGUCAUACCCGGGCCACGAGACGCUGUGGUGCCACAGGCGGCAUGUCUUUUACCUGUGGCACCAGUGGCGGAGGGAGCACGUCCAGGGGGCAGGAUCGCAGUCUCCACCUCUCACCCACACCGAUGUCCUCCUCAGCGAGGAACCCUGUGACGACGGCAGCGCCUCCCAGGCCAUGGACGUUGACUGUGUUCUGGAUGGGAGCAAACAUGGAAGCUACACGCAGGACACCAAGCGGCUAAAGCGGGGACCCCUGCUCCCCCACCCCGGACUCCCCUCCGAGCACUCGUUUGUCUCAAGAAUCCUCACAGGCUGCAGGAGCCCCGAGCAAAGCAGCUUUGCCAUUUCCUACAGAAAGUGGCUGGACUCUGUUAUAGGUCAGUAGCGUGAGAAACACUCCGCCCACCACAGUGUGGGAGAGCUGCGAUAGGUCAAUGUAUUUCUGGCUCCAGCCGCCCACUCCGAUUCUCUAAAAAAACGACUGGACUCCUUGGCUGGUUUGGCAGAGAUGCUCUGCCGGAGCAAAUUCCCACUCAUGAUGAAAACCCAUGACAGUGUAAGCAUGGUCUGUUUCAGCUGCUUAAGUUCAGGUACUGGAUAUCUCAGGUCUGUUUUCAGAAUCCUUUUUUUUUUUUAUAUAUAUAUAUAUAUAGUUUUGUUGGUCUUGCGUUGUUUAAAGUCUUCCACCACAAAUCAAUUACAGUAUGCUCUCAUCAUCCUGUUUGCAGUUUUAUGAUUCCAGUCGGGAGUCUUAAAAACGCACACUGUGGUGCCGACUUGAAAAGAACACUAAGUGAUUCUGACCCAGUUUCCCUCUUUUGUUUAAUUGGGGGCAGACUGGCUCUGAAUCCUGUCUACUGCUCGUCCCUGAGCUUUUUUUCACUGUAGCAUGAACAUUUCGGUCAAUAUCUUGACGUUAUUAUGCUACAAUAAGUAAUGUGAGCACAAUCAUUGAAUUUAAAGAUUCUUGGAGCCAUUUGAUAUAAAAUAUUAGGGCUAAAGAUGGACAUUUUCAUAAAUCAAUAAAAAAACAGAAUUUAUAGCUGCUGUCUUCAUUCAGGGGAUUUUGUAUUAUAUGACAUAUCUAUGGGUAGUUCAUUGUGAUGAUUCUUGAAUGUUAAUUAAUGCUCCUGAAGCACAUCAUCUUCACUCUUUAGAAUAACAAAGGCCACAUUGGACUAGUUUGAACAUUUAAGCACAAGUUUUGGGUUCUAGUUCAUCCAGCUGGUCUCGCAGAUGCAUGGGUUUUCAUGAUGAAAGGGAAUUGCUAGUCUUUCUCAGCUUGACCCAAACGUGGCUGCCAUGCCAUGUUCAAGCCCGUUCGGUGCAGAUUGGUGCUUAUUCUCUGCACUGGGGAGAAGGGCCUGGGUUUACAAAUGCUGCUUUUUGUUUAACACUAUUUUGAACAUAAAGGAUAUUUAUGCAAAUAUGAAAAGUGAAAUGUUGUGAGCUUCACUUACGUAAUGAUUUAUUAUGAAAGCUGAUAAGCUAUUUGACACUUAUGGUUGACUCACUGUUACUCCGUAAUUAUUAAACUUGUAAUAAACUUUGAAGUUUCACAGGCUCAGUCUUGCAUUGACAACUUAAUUCGUAAUUCACAGCUUAUUGUAGGUUGUGAAAAUCUCAAUAGACCAAUAUCUCAAUAUAUUUAUAAUAUAUCGCUUUUAAAUCAGGACAAUGCCUUUUCCUAUCAUGUACAAAACUAUUCUUGUUAGGCGAUUCAUUUUUAGCAUUCUAGCAAAGCUUUUACAAAUCCACGUUUUUCAGCAUAUCUAUAAAAGACUUGUAGAGUUCGAUCUUAAGUUUCACUUCAUAAAAAUCUAUCCCUGUUCUUCUUCUUCUUCCUCUUCUUCUUUUUUCUGCACAGUUGCACAAGAGCUAGGAUUCUGAAAGUAUUUGAGUUAUAUCAUUUCUAGACCGACUCUCCAGGACCAUUUCAGAGUGGUUUUCUCUGUCCAGCAUGUCUUGGACCCUGACACUUUUUUUUUUUUUUUUUUUUUUUGAGAUUUUUGAUCUGCAGCAGCAAAAUUGCCAGAUGUCUGUCACCUCAAGAAUAAAACCAGCCUUUCCUCCACACCAUUCCUCUGUAUGACUACACAGACCGCUUUUGAUCAUGUAUAGUACAGGUGUGGCACAGGUGCUUGUUUUAGAUAUUACGGUUUAGCAUCACUUUCCCCCCCUUGUCUACAUCUGCUGUUCAACAAACUCUAUUUUACAGUGUUACUGUAGUAAUAACUAAAAAUUAUGCAUUAUUACGUGCAAAUGGUCCUAAUGCUAACCCUAUAGUAAGUACAUGUAGUUCAUUCAUAUUACUCAGUACUUAAAUGUAUAAUGAUGACAGUGUAACAAAGACUCCUUAAAAUAGUGUAAGCUAAACUCCCAAUAGUCAGUCUAAAACGAAAGGAUCUGCAUUUUAUUUCAACCAAUGCCAUCAUAUUUGCUCUGUAAGAUCUUUUGGUUACUUUGCUAUAGGUUUGCACUUUAUUGAUCAAAUUAUUUGGUAAUGCCAUUAUCUGAACCACCAUAGUCAUCGAGUCAUGCUGAUCUGUGGUUGUCUUUUUGCAUGCACAUUAUGUGUGUACUGUUGUACUGGGAUCACGUUGUUGUAUUUGAUUACAUUUUUUUAUUAUAACUUUUACUUUGAUUGCCCAUACUUGCAGAGAUGGAAAAGAUUUUUGGCUCCCGCAGCAAUUAGGAUUUCGCUAUUUGUAAUAAGGCUAUUAGUGAUUUUUCGAAUGUAUUGCCUUCUAUCUUAAACCCUUAAUGGACAGUCUUACCGAUUAUAUUGAUGAUAAUAAUAUUUAUGUCUUUAUAUCUGUUCAGGGCUUCCUACUUGACAUGUUUCUCUUCAGGCAGUUUCAGAAAUGGUCCUAAGUAACUAAAGUAAAGAUGUGUGGGUUACAUUGAGGUUGCACAUAGCAUUUCCAGUUGUGUUAUAUCAAUUUCCAUUGUUGUACAAUAUAAUUUGCAUAAACCUAGAUCUUAAAUUACUGGUACAUAUAUGCAGACGCAUCACAGAGUUCAGUUAGCUUUAGAAAGAAAAAAGUAGCAUAAGGUUUUGUAUUUUCUUUGUGUGUUGUCUGAUAAGGUACUGUAGGUUUUUACAGCUACAAUAACCAACAUUUCUAGCAUCUCAUCCAUUGUGUAUUUUAUAUUUAUUUGUAUUAAAAAAUGUAUUGAACGUAUUGAGUUGUUUUGUCAGUUGCCUACCACAUUGAAUAAAGCUACUCUGAAAAGGUC